CCCGGGCACCCGCACGCCUCUCGGCCCGGGACUUGCGCUGUGGGAGGCGCGGAGAGAGGCGCUGAGUCGAGUGCGACCCCCAAAGCAGCGUCCAGCGCGAAAGGUACUAAUUAGGAUGAAUGGGAUUUGGAGAAAUUCGAUUUCCUGUCUAAGGAUAAAAAAUGUGCCACACAGAUACCAAAGUGGUUAUCACCCAGCAGUCCCUCUGGGAUCAAGGAUUCUAACUGACCCAGCCAAAGUUUUUGAGCACAACAUGUGGGAUCACAUGCAAUGGUCCAAAGAGGAAGAAGCAGCAGCCAGAAAAAAAGUAGAGGAAAACUCGGCUGAGCGAGUCCUUCUGGAAGAGCAAGUUAAGUAUGAGAGGGAAGCUAAUAAAUACUGGGACGCAUUUUACAAGAUUCAUAAGAAUAAGUUUUUCAAGGACCGUAAUUGGCUGCUGAGGGAAUUUCCUGAAAUUCUUCCACUUGAUCAGAAAACUGAAGAGGAGGCAAAAGAAUUAUCAUGGGAUUAUGUAAAAACUAAUGCUGCAAAUUGUUUCUCAAGAAAGCACUGUCCUAUUGUGCCUGAAGAAGAGAAUUAUUGUCAGGAAAGUUCUGGUUCAUCAGAUGGUCAAAGCAAAACACAAUCUGGCUUUGCCAACCUCCACGCUGAAGAGCACAGAAGAGGACCUCUGACGGCGGACCUCUUUCCUGGUAGCAAAGCCACUUUCAGAAUCCUAGAGGUUGGCUGUGGUGCUGGAAAUAGUGUUUUUCCAAUUCUGAACACUUUGCAGAAUGCUCCAGAGUCCUUCCUUUAUUGCUGCGAUUUCGCCUCUGGAGCUGUGGAGCUAGUAAAGUCGCACCCAACCUACAGAGCAGCCCAGUGCUGCGCCUUUGUUCACGAUGUGUGCGAAGAUGGCCUGCCCUACCCGUUCCCGGACGGGAUCCUGGAUGUCGUCCUCCUGGUCUUUGUGCUCUCUUCCAUCCAUCCUGACAGGAUGCAAGGUGUUGUAAACCGAUUGUCCAAGUUACUGAAACCUGGGGGGAUGCUGUUAUUUCGGGACUAUGGAAGAUAUGAUAAGACUCAGCUUCGUUUCAAAAGGGGGCACUGUUUAUCUGAAAAUUUUUAUGUUCGAGGAGAUGGUACCCGGGCAUAUUUCUUUACAAAAGGGGAAGUCCACAGUGUGUUCUGCAAGGCUGGGUUAGACGAGAAGCAAAAUCUGAUUGAUCGCCGCUUACAAGUUAAUAGGAAAAAACAAGUGAAAAUGCACCGAGUAUGGGUUCAAGGCAAAUUCCAGAAACCAUUACACUUGACUCAAAAAAGCUCCACAUCAGCAUUUGCACUCCUUUCGCAUAGCUGAACUCUGUACCAUGUUGAGGUGCAAACCAGAGGACCACACUAUUCAGAGAUUUAUAUAAAUUUUAUAUUUAUGAAAAGACAGAAGAAGAGAAUGUAUAUAUUCUGCUGUUUAUUGUGGGCGAGCUCUUUGGUGUACUGUAAGCACGUGUAAGUGGUUUGGAAGAGAGCACCUUAGCCUGUGUUUUCAAAACUUAAUAUGAGCAAGCUUGUUUGAAUUUUGUAAGCAUGCAAUUUAAUUACUGUCAUAAGUCAUGAUUCUGGGAAGCCAUGACCUUCCAUUUUUCAGAAGAGGAGAAAAUCACCUAUGCUGUUUAUAUAUUAGUCAAACACAGUUCAACUCCCUCCUGUGUUAUCUGGUAGCGGACAGGCAGCUCACCUUGUUUCCAGGGAAAAUCACAAGCCCAAGACAAAGGUGUGUUGUUUUUAUUGUUUUGUUGUCUUAUUUCCCAAAAACUUUUUUUUUUAAUUCAGAGACUAAUGUCUGAAAGAGAAUUUCAGUUUCUCUUUCCUUUUCUAAAAUUGGGGAAUUAUGACCCAUGCUAAAAUUAUUUUCAGACCAUUAGGUGUUCAAGUCAUUUUAAGUUCUUAAGACAACUAUUUAUAUCCAAGAAAAUUCUUAAGUUGUAGCAAUUAAAAAUUUAUUUACCACCGUGCCUCAAAAAGGAUAUAAGUCAGCUUGUGUACUGCACAUUAAUAGAAUAGAAUUUCUAAGAUUGGUCUUUCAUUUGUUACUAGGUACUUACAGAGUUUCUAAGAUUGUUUUUUUUUUAUUAUUAUUUGUUACUAAGUACUUAUAUUGUGCUGAAUUAUCUGGAAUAAUACAAUAAAUAAAGACCCAGCCCUGUUUUCAGAGAGCAUCAAUAUUAUCUAGCUGGCAAAGCAAAACGUGCACAUUGCAAGCCUCUAAAUCAAGAUUAAAGAUAAUAUAUGAUCAAGUACUCAAGUAGGGAGCUUAAUAGCUAGUGGACAUUGAUGAGGAGUCACAGAAAUCUGGGAGAAAUGGACAGUCUCUUCAAAGGACCACCAUUGCAAUAAUUCAAUCCCCACUAUUUUUCCUUUUUUAAUUUACUUAAAAUUCAACUUCCUGGGAGAAUGUGAUUGGUCCACUUAGGUCACGGAUUACCUCUCAAUAGGCUGGGGCAGGGCAGCUUCAUUGAUGGUGACACCAGAAAGUAUAGAAUGGAGGAAAGUUCCUCAAAGGAAAAUCAAGACAAUAUUAUUUUUUUUAAUAAUAGGGGAAGGGUGCUGCCCAGUCACAAACAGGGUGUCACAUGGUGAUGGUCACAGUAGUAAUAGUGGUUCUGAAAGAUCUUUGUGGGAAGGAAGGGGGAAGAGUCAGGGUUCUCGGAGGGGGUCCUUGAAUGUACGCUCUCAAGAUGGUGAGAAAACAUAUUUGGUGCAGGACAUUCAUGAUGAUGAAUAGUGGAGAAAAGAUAGGGAGAGGGUCAUCUUCUAGACAGACUAGAAUGGAGGACACAUCGGGGUCUAGUCCCCGGACUGGAGCCAUCUGAGGUUGGUUUGUUUCUGUUUUAUCCUAGUCAUGGCAUGUUAUAAAUGUAUCUAGAGAGAUUGGCUGAGGGAUCAUCUAAAGAAUGGAAUACAGAGAUGAGGAGCAAGAAAGACCACAGAAAGGUUUUUGUACACACUUGCCUUGGUAGCAAGUCUUCAGAAGUACAAUAUCCAGGUUUGUUUAAACAUGCAUGUCAGUAAAUGUAAAAGUUAAAAUUUGCCCGAGACUCCUAACUUGGUCGUCUUUCAUAAUUAAAGGGUACAUUUACUAGCCAAGCUAGUAAUGAAAGUAUUACAUACAACAAGGAAAGUUAGAUAAGUUAAUGUUGCUAUGGAAACCCCAGCAGAUCUUGUUUCUCAAUUUCAAAAUCAUGGCCCAAAGGUGGUUUUAAAAACAACAGAAGGUGAAAUUAUUCUCACAUUCUCACACAUGUAAAUUGUACCGUCUCUCUCAGUCCUAAAUAGCAGAUUCAAGCCUGCCUCUUGACUGGCGCAGUAAAAUUCAGCUUCGUGUCUUUCUAUAGUAUAUUACAGCAUUUAGUUAACCUUUAGAAGCUUCAAAAUAACAGCAACCGAAUUUGGACUGUGAGACACAAACUGUCCUCUUUUGAGCUCUGUCUAGCAUAGACCUCCUAUUCCACGUAAUGGCUCAGUAGGGCCAUUUCUACCAGUGUCUUAAGUUUGUUGGUCAGUCUUCUGACCUGAAUCAACCCCCUAUUUUGCCUCAAAAAGGAUAUAAGUCGGCUUGCGUAUUGCUAGAAAUGUAGAUUUUUGGGCAGAGGAAGAAAAAAAGAGAAAGCCCUGAUUUUGAAUAUUGCCUAUAGGUAUUAACAAAAUCAUGAAGUGUUACAAAUGUUCCUGUUUGGGUAUUAAUUUAAGCUAUUUGCUAAUUGCAUGAAAUUUUUAUUUUGCCCUUUAGACAGAGUUUGAUAUUUAAAAAUCCAUCUUCUGAAGGAGCUAGAUUUUGAGAGGUCCAUUUUCUUUUUCCCCAUUUUCUUUCUACAGAAAAAGAUAUGUUCUUUCAUCUUCUUAGGCUACA